CGUUCGACUCGCGCUCUCGCUCGCAUUCGCUCGCUCGCUCGCGUAGGCGCCUGGCGAGCUGGCUGGCUGGCUGGUUGGCUGGCUGGGCUGGGGUCGGCAGGCCAGACGGGGCGGGGCUGGGCGGGGCUGGGAUCGCGGUUCAGACUUGCGCUUGUUGUGAGCGUCGGGUGUUCUUUUCUUCGACAUCAUCGAGGACUUCUGCUGCUGAGCAGGCAGGCGGCAGCAGCAGCACCAGUGAGGGAGGAGCUUCUUUGCUCGCUUCACCUAUGCCGGUGCUUUAAGCAGAUUUCGUUGGCCUUUCUUGUCGCUCGCCCCAUUCCAGGACUCGCGGGGAGGAGCAGAGGUUUCUAAACCAUGGAUCUCAAGAAGGUCCUGGAUCAGACCGUCCGAGAACUGAAAAGAGAGGUGAACAAGAAAGUUUUGAAGGUUCCUGAAAUCGAACAAAAAGUCUAUGAAGCAACCAGUAAUGAGCCUUGGGGUCCUCAUGGAACUCUCAUGGGAGAUAUCGCCCAAGCUACCCGUAAUUACAACGAGUAUCAGAUGAUUAUGGCUAUACUAUGGAAGCGAUUGAACGACACGGGGAAAAACUGGCGUCAUGUUUACAAGGCUUUGACUGUGUUGGAAUUUCUGGUUGCCAAUGGAGCUGAGCGAAUCAUAGAUGAACUCCGAGAACAUGCCUAUCAAGUUCAGACCUUGGUGGACUUUCAAUAUCUGGAGGCUGGGGGAAAGGAUCAGGGUAUUAAUGUCAGGAAGAAAGCCCAAACUCUCGUGGGCCUAUUAAACGACAAGGAAAAAAUACGCGAAGUGCGAAACAAAGCAGCCUCCAACAGAGACAAGUAUCGAGGUUCGGGUACAGUGUUCCGAUCCAAGUCUAGCAAGUAUUCCAGUACGGAUGGAGGCUACGGUGAUCGAGAAGAUGAGGAUCGUUAUGGCGCGAGCAGUCGAUCUGGUGGAAGAGAUGAAGAUGGUAGGUAUGCAGGAAACAGGGAUAGGGAAAGGGACAGAGAUGAUCGAUACAGGGAUGACGAUCGGUCCGGAAAAGAUACUAAUGGGGACCGUUACAGAGACGACAAGUAUGGUGGUGAUCGAGAUCGAACUGAGGAUGACAGAAGUUACGGAGGCAAAGGUGGAGAUCGAGGUUAUAACGACAGGUAUGGGGAUGAAGGUUCUGCCUCAGGUUAUGAUAAAGAUCGCGAGAGGAACUACGAAGAAGAAGAUCGCUAUCCUGCCAGGGGUGGAGGAGGCAACAGAGCCGAUCGGGGUGAUCCACCAGAAUACCCGGGCGAAGAGCGGGACGCUAGUGGCCUCGCCGCAGCAGUAGCUAGAGCUCAAACUAGUCAGACACAGGUGAGUCAGCCUCAAGCGUCAGCCACUGCUAGUCAAAAUGGUGAGCGCAAGUUACAAGCCGCAGGUUCUUCUGGAGGUUCUUACUUUGCAACCAAGCAAGAUGAAGAGGAGUUCGAUGACUUUGAUCCGCGAGGGGCCUUCAGCGCUACAGGUUCUGCCCGGCAAGAUGAGGAUCCUUUCGGCAGUUCGGCUCCUGCUCCUCCUCCAGCAGCGGCACCUGUGAUCCCUCCUCCUACUGCAGCAAAAAGUACGAGUGGCAUAGAGGAUCUUUUUGGAGACAACUCGUUUCUCGCAGCUCCCACUGGCUCUUCAUUCCAGGGCAAUGGUGUCACUGUACGGCAGGAUGAUCCUUUUGGAGAACCAGCAUUUUCUGUGGAUCAACCAUCUACAGCGGCCUUCGGUGCUCAGCCGACAUCUUUAUUUCCUUCUGCUGGUGGAGCAGCCAAUGUUGUGAGUAACGAUGGUUUUCAGGCGUUUCCACCUGCACCUUCGAACGAGGGCGCCGCAGGCAAUGCUACUUUUGGAGCUAGUUUCUCGGCAGCACCUCCUGUGAAGCCCCCGGCUCUGACUCCUCCUCCCAGUUACCAACAAUCUCCUAUAUUACAGCAACAGACGCCCAGUUACCAGCCACAGGCUCCCAACUAUCAACAGCAGGCUCCCAACUAUCAACAACAGGCUCCCAACUAUCAACAACAGGCUCCCAGCUAUCAACAACAUGGCCACACCCAGUCUGCUCCAAAUUCAUUCCAGCCUCCUCCACCAGGUCCUUACCAGCCUCAGACCUUUUCACACCCAUCUGGAAAUAAUCAACAAAUGCUCUAUGGACAGCCACAGUCUUCCGUAGGUGCGAACCCUCCUCUCGGUGCAAAGUCUAUGAGCAUGGGUGGAAAUAACGCUGCUGUCAACCCUGGAGCUAUUGUACCAGUACAGGCGCCAGUAAGCAAACCUCAGCCUAAAGAGUUCAAACCAAAGUCUGCUAUUUGGAGUGAUACUCUUAGUUCUGGUAUUGUGGACCUUAACAUCUCAGGUCCAAAGACAAAUCCUUUGGCUGAGCUUGGAAUCGACUUGAAGGAUUCAAUUUUUUCUGUCAUGGAAAAGAGGAAGGAGGAGAAGGCUGCACCAACAAACAUGGGUAGGGCAAUGGGUUCCGGAACAGGUCUUGGGUUAAAAGCUGCUAGCGGGAUUGCGGCUCCACCUCCUCCGAGUAUGAUGGGUGGUGGCAUGGGCAUGGGCAUGGCUCCUGGUAUGCAAAUGGGAGGCAUGGGCAUGGGAGCGGCUGGAGGUAUGCGGCAGCCUGGCAUGGGCAUGGGCAUGGGCAUGAAUCCAGGCAUGGGCAUGCAGCCAGGCAUGGGGAUGAAUCCAGGCAUGGGUAUGAAUCCAGGCAUGGGCAUGAAUCCUGGUAUGGGUAUGAACCCUGGUAUGGGCAUGAAUCCUGGUAUGGGUAUGAACCCUGGUAUGGGAAUGAAUCCUGGUAUGGGAAUGAAUCCUGCGAUGGGGAUGAACCCUGGUAUGGGUAUGAACAUGGGCAUGAAUAUGGGUUCAGGGAUGGGCAUGGGAAUGGGUGGUUAUCCCAACUCCCAAUACAGCGGGUAUAGGUAGUAGGAUUAGUCCAUGGAGUUGAUGCUUAAGUGUUACCCAAGAGAAAUUCUUUCACCUUUCCAAAAGUGAGUUGAUUCUAGAGAGCUACCAAUAGACCUGUAGUGAUAUUUAGUAUUAGAGAUUAUUUCUCUGGACAUCGAAAGUGAU